AAUAGUGCGCCAUUUUCAGGACACCCUGUAUAUUCAGGCUCGUUCUAAAUUCGGUUCUGCGAAUAACACUUGAAAGUCGAUUUGGUUUUGUUCUCGCCGCCCGCCCGAUUUUGGCGAUUGUAAAUUAAGGAAAAAAUAAUUAGAAAAACCAAUGAAGUAGCUCCAAAUUAUUUCCACCUAACCUCAAAAUGUCAAAAAGACAUGCUGAUGAAGGGUCGAGCGGGGGCCAACCCCCAAUCAAAAAAAUCCAUUUCGAACCUCAUCUUAUUGGACCUGUAUCCACUUUGGAGGAAAUGGAUAUCAAAGUACUACAAUUUCAAAACAAGAAAUUGGCUCAGAGAAUUGAGCAAAGACAUAGGACUGAACAAGAGUUAAGGCAGAGGAUAGAACAGCUUGAAAAAAGGCAAACACAAGAUGAUGCUAUGCUCAAUGUAGUCAAUCGUUAUUGGAAUCAGUUAAACGAGGACAUUCGUAUAUUGUUACAACGGUUUGACGCUGAGACUGCUGAUGAGUCGGAGAAUAAAAAUGAAAACGAGGCAACCACAUCGUUUUUAAUGCAGUUGUCGACUUGGGAUAAGGAUGAGUUGAAUGAUAAGUUAGCUAAUAGGGUGCAGGUAUCAAGAAGGGCAGUGGCAAAAGUUAUACAAGCUUUUGACAGGUUAAUGCAAAGAAAUGAGAAAAUUACACUUGCUCUGAAGGGAGAGGUAGAAGGCCAGGAUGCUCCACCAGUAGACGAAGUAAUAAGGCAAACAAACGUCCAACUGCAAGCGGAAAAUCGCAACUUACAAGCUCUACACACGACAUUACACGAAAAGUUCCACACAAACAGUUUAAAAGUGGCGGAGUUGCAAGAUUCCGUAACAGCUAAGGAAACCGAGACAGCGGAAUUAAAAAACCAAAUCGACGAUUUGCAAUACGAACUGGACAAAGUCAGGAUCAGAAACGACAAGUUGGAAACCCAUUUGGCCGAAGCUGUCGAGAAAUUAAAGACGUACCAUCAAAUGCAUGGCGAUCCCGAUAGCAUGGCUACCCAGGGCAGCAAAGAGGCCAAACCGCAGGUUCAACAAAGCGUUUCGCAAGCCAAGUUGGAGGAUUUGAUUAAGGAGGUUGAGGAGUACAAAGAGCUGGCCAACAAUCGUCUUCAGGAGCUGGAUAAGUUGCAUCAAACCCAUCGGGAGACAUUGAAGGAGGUUGAGAAGCUUAAAAUGGAUAUCCGUCAGCUGCCCGAGAGCGUGAUCGUGGAAACCACCGAAUACAAAUGCCUGCAAUCGCAAUUCUCCGUGCUCUAUAACGAAUCGAUGCAGCUGAAAACGCAGCUGGACGAGGCGCGGCAGCAGCUGCAGACCAGCAAGAACUCGCACCUGCGCAACAUCGAGAUGAUGGAGAGCGAGGAGCUGAUCGCGCAGAAGAAGCUGCGCCAGGAGGUGAUGCAGCUGGAGGACUUCUUGGCGCAGCUGCGCAAGGAGUACGAGAUGUUGCGCAUCGAGUUCGAGCAGAAUUUGGCGGCGAACGAGCAAACCGGACCGAUCAACCGAGAGAUGCGGCACUUGAUUACGUCGCUGCAGAACAACACGCAGCAGCUCAAGGGGGAGGUGCACAGGUACAAGAGGAAGUACAAGGAGGCCAAUACCGAGAUUCCGAAGCUCAAGAAAGAGAUCGAAGAUUUGAAAGCUAAAUUAGAGCAAGUCCAGGAAAGCAGGGAGGAUACCAAGGAAAAUAUAAAGCAGGAAGUUGUUAAGGAGGAAGAUACAUCUACGAAUGAGUCGAGUACGCAGGUUAAAGAAGAACCAUCCAGUGCUCCAGUUGUCAAAAAAGAAGAGGAAGAAGCUGAGCAAUCUGAAGAAGCUGAGGGCGAGAAGGACAAGGCAGGCACCGCGACUUCUCCAAACAUCAAAAAGGAAGUAAAACAAGAAAAGAAGGAAGUGAAGAAGGAGCCGGUCGUUAAAACCGAAAAAGAUCAUCGCGAAGCUCAAAGGGCCAAAGAAGCCAAAAUCGCGGAAAGCGACAUGAUCAGAGACUUGAAGAACCAGCUCAAGAAAGCUCUGAACGAUCAGAAGGAAAUGAAACUGCUGCUGGACAUGUACAAAGGCGUGAGUAAGGAGCAAAGAGAUAAGGUGCAACUGAUGGCGUCGGAGAAAAAGCUAAAAACCGAUUUGGACGAUUUGCGCCAGACGUUGAAAAAAAUCCAGGACGUGAAACGCGACGAUAAGCGUAAGCUGGCAGACGACGAGGCUUUAAAGAAGAUCAAGCAGCUCGAAGAGCAGAAAUACGAGCUGCAAAAGCAGGUCGCCAACCAAAAACCGUCGGACGGCAAUUGGGGCGGUCACAACGUGCUCCACCAGAUGCGACCUUUCGUGGGUUCGCACGAAGAAGAAGCGCUUCUAAACGAAAUGGAGGUCACCGGCCAGGCGUUCGAGGACAUGCAGGAGCAAAACUCGCGGCUCAUUCAGCAGCUGCGCGAAAAGGACGACGCCAACUUCAAACUGAUGUCGGAACGCAUUAAAUCGAAUCAGCUGCACAAGUUGGCACGCGAGGAAAAGGACGUUCUCAAGGAGCAAGUUUCGACUUUGACGACGCAGGUCGACGCCGCCAACUUGGUGGUGAGAAGGUUGGAGGAGAAGGAGCGGAUUUUGCAGAACACUCUGGCAACCAUGGAGAAAGAGUUGACUUUGAGGCAGCAAGCCAUGGAGAUGCACAAGAGGAAGGCCAUCGAGUCUGCGCAGAGUGCCGCCGAUCUCAAGUUGCAUUUAGAAAAAUACCAUUCCCAAAUGAAGGAAGCCCAGCAAGUGGUGGCGGAAAAGACGAGUUCCUUGGAGGCGGAAGCGUACAAGACAAAACGUCUCCAGGAAGAAAUCGCGCAACUGAAACGAAAGGCGGAGCGCAUGAAGAAGAUGGAGAUGGCCGGCACCACGUUGGACGAGGUGAUGAUGGAGGAGAUCAGGGAGUACAAGGAGACUCUGACGUGCCCCUCGUGCAAGGUCAAAAGGAAAGACGCGGUAUUAUCGAAGUGUUUCCACGUGUUUUGCUACGACUGUCUCAAAACGCGCUACGAAACAAGGCAGCGGAAGUGCCCGAAGUGCAACUGCGCGUUCGGCGCGAACGACUACCAUCGUUUGUAUUUGUCCAAUUAACUUUUUAUUUAUUUACAUAUGUAUAUGGAGUACGGUAAGGUUAUUUUUGUAUUAAUUGUAACGUUAUGUCAUCUUUUUUGUAAUAAAACAACUUUAGAUGUU